GCCUGUCGAAGAAGGAGAUUGAGAAGGCGGGUGUGGUCAUUAGACAUGCCAUCACCAAGGUCAUGACUAAGAAGAGGUGAUGAGAGACGACAUGAAUGCGGGAGAGGUUUUCACAGCAUAGCAGCAGUUGUAAUAAUGCUUAAUCAAGCUACCGAUAGGUGGCGCUGUUUUUUCCAUCAGCCACCAGGAAGGUUGGCAUGCCUCUGUUCCUGGCGGUGGCUGGCAGCUUCCCAGCCAUCGCGACGACCAACCAUCAGGAACCGACGUCGCAAGUGCGUCACGCCUGCAGUCAGCGAGCUCCUCCUCCACUCCCUUAUUCCAUCCUCCUGCACUUAUUCUGUCUCCUGGCAUCCGUCUUCCCCCUCCUCUCCGACAGCAACGUGCAAUACUGCUUUCGCGCCAUUGAGCUUUGGUACCCGCUCCCGCUCGCCAGCUCGCUUCGUCCCGACCCACCGACCGACCGAUCGACCGGCUAUCAGCGUCAUCGCCGCUAAUCACGACCGCCCUCGCCUGCGCUGCGUUGCCUAUUGUGGUGCCGGUGGUUGGAAACGCGUAGCUCGUCGUCGGAUUGUACUCUGUUUCUACUGUGUGCUUGACCACAAUUGGAGUGCGAGACUGCCUGCGGACCACUUGUUGGAUACGGAAUAUCGGCGAGCUUUGCGACAAGCUUAACCUUACUGGUUUCCUCGAAAGAGCUUCACUCGCGCACACUUUGGAGAACGAACACUCGAAAGGAUCUCUACAGGUUACUGCCUGUUGUCUGAGCAAAACUUUACGCCAUGGCUCGAUCAGUCGUGGGACGUGCAGUGGUGGUCCGGGAAAAAUACUACUGGCCGGACAUACAACUGAAUAUUUGGACUAUCCUUAUGCUCGCAACUGCCGGUACGAUUCUGGGUAUAUUCGCCGAGUUUAUGCAGAUUCAUAGCGCAUUCAAGGUCGGGUCACCAUGGU